AAUAGACGCGGUGGUCCAAAUUAACCCAACGGAUCAUGCUCUGUGCUCUCUGCAGAUCUGUGAUCAGUUGGAGGUUAACUGGUAGCUUUUAUAGAGCAGCAGCCACAAUGGCAGAGGCUCUUGCAAAAAUUCCCGACGUUGAGAUUGAUCACGAAGGGACCUUUAAAUACAUACUGCUUAGAGUGAAAGUAAAAGAUGGCGAUGCGCAGAAAAACGUAGUGCGAGGCACUAAGAGUGCAGAGUACCACAAUCACAUAUUUGAGAAGGUCAAUCCAGCUCUGGAGGCCUUAGGAAUGGAGUGCAAAUGCCUUGGAGGAGGGAAGAUAGAGCACGACAACAAAAACAAGAAGAUCAGGGUGUUUGGAGAAUCAACUGCAUUUGGGAAAGCAGACCACUCUGUGUCUGUGGAGAAGCUGAAAACUGUCUUCGGUGACUACGAGGUCACUUGGUCUGAUGACAAAAAAUAACUCCUCUUCUCCUGUAGAGAUGGCUACCUUCAUCUAUGACUCCAAACCAUGUGUUCCGUUAUCAUCCAAUUUAAAUUCAGCAUUAAACUCGCAGCGAAAGCCCAUACUUAUACAAAGCACUCUUAAUUUCUGUUAAAUUAAACAUUUCUUUCAACUCA